CUCCCCACGGUUUAAAGUUCAACCGUCGCCGUGAAUACACCACCAUAUCCAUUCGACCACUCAAAGCCCGAAAAAAAUAGAUUUUUCUUCUUCAAAUUUAGAACCCUAGAAUUUGGGAGGUUUGCUGUUUUUGGAUUUUCAUGGUGAAUUCGAAAUGGUUGGAAAUUCGCUAGCUGGACUGCAAGAUCACUUGAAAUUGGCUCGAGAAUACGCUCUCGAAGGCCUCUACGACACUUCCAUUAUCUUCUUUGAUGGCGCCAUUGCUCAGAUCAACAAGCAUCUAACCAAUCUUGAUGACCCGCUAAUUCGUGCAAAAUGGAUGAAUGUAAAGAAAGCACUAUCAGAGGAGACAGAAGUUGUGAAGCAAUUGGAUGCUGAGAGAAGGUCAUUUAAGGAAGCUCCUAAUGGGCGGCGUCCUUCUUCACCGCCGAUUCAUGCUAAGUCAUCUUUCGUAUUCCAACCAUUAGAUGAGUAUCCAACUUCAUCAGGUGCCCCAGUGGAUGAUCCUGAUGUGUGGAGGCCUCCAAGUCGGGACACUUCAAGUAGAAGACCUGCUAGGGCUGGUCAAGUGGGCACGAGGAAAUCUCCACAAGAUGGGGCUUGGGGUCGUGGCAAUACCAGAACAGGUACAACUGGACGAGGUGCAAAGGCAGGUGGUUCAAGUAGAACUAACACAGGGGCCAGAGCAUCUACCACUGGAAAGAAGGGUACUGGCUCAGGGAAAUCUACAAAAGGAGAUUCGGCAAAUGGUGAUGCUGAAGAUGGAAAAUCUAAGAGGUCCCAGUAUGAGGGACCUGAUCCAGAUUUGGCUGCAAUGUUAGAAAGGGAUGUUUUAGAAACCACGCCUGGAGUACGGUGGGAUGAUGUUGCUGGUCUGACUGAAGCAAAAAGACUUUUAGAGGAGGCUGUUGUUCUUCCUUUAUGGAUGCCUGAAUAUUUUCAGGGUAUUAGGAGACCAUGGAAAGGCGUUCUUAUGUUUGGACCUCCUGGUACUGGCAAAACUCUUCUGGCUAAAGCAGUUGCCACUGAAUGUGGGACAACAUUUUUCAAUGUUUCUUCUGCUACAUUAGCCUCAAAGUGGCGUGGUGAGAGUGAGCGCAUGGUCCGGUGCUUGUUUGAUCUUGCAAGAGCUUAUGCUCCUAGUACAAUUUUUAUUGAUGAGAUUGACUCUCUUUGCAAUGCCCGUGGGGCUUCCGGGGAGCAUGAGUCAUCUAGAAGGGUAAAAUCUGAACUGCUUGUUCAGGUAGAUGGUGUAAAUAAUACUGGUACAAAUGAAGAUGGCAGCCGCAAGAUAGUGAUGGUUUUGGCUGCAACUAACUUCCCAUGGGACAUAGAUGAGGCACUCAGGAGGCGACUGGAAAAGCGAAUAUAUAUUCCUCUGCCCAAUUUUGAGAGUCGUAAGGAGCUCAUUCGGAUCAAUCUAAAAACAGUUGAGGUGGCUGCUGACGUGGAUAUUGAUGAAGUGGCUCGUCGUACGGAAGGGUAUAGUGGGGAUGAUCUCACAAAUGUUUGUCGCGAUGCUUCCUUAAAUGGCAUGAGGCGGAAAAUAGCUGGUAAGACACGUGACGAGAUUAAGAACAUGUCCAAAGAUGAGAUUUCAAAGGAUCCUGUUGCUAUGUGCGACUUUGAAGAAGCCUUGGCAAAGGUCCAGAGAAGUGUUUCACAAGCCGAUAUUGAGAAGCAUGAAAAAUGGUUUACCGAAUUUGGAUCAGCAUAACGCAAAACCGGAAACCUGUAAGGGUUGUCUGCUUUCCUGAUAUGUUUUCAUUGAAAGGGUGUUUCAUUCUUAUUAUAUUUCCCGGCAUUUUGUUUGUGGCUGAUUGUAUGGAGGUUCGAACAUUGUUGUUAGUUGUACCUGUAAUCUGACCUAGGUUGACCAUUUUAUCACUGUGCAUUUAAUCAAAAUCUGCAUUUAUCAGGGUUUAUAUGUAACUUGGUCACUGAAUUUCAUGACAUCUUACUUGGAAAAGUAAAUUUCGCUAUUAAGUACUUAGAAUAGAAUUUGCAUUUCAUCAGAA